AUGGAUUUAAAAAAUUUAUCAAAAUCGGAAAUGUAUAGACUGUCUCAUAAAGAUGUGGUAUAUCAAAUAAGUAAGGCAGAGUAUUAUGCUGACAUAAAAGAUCCAUAUGCUCAUAAACUUUCAAUUAUGCCUUCAGAUGAAUUAUUUUCAAAAUAUAAUCCUGGACCAAAAAAUCCUGAUGGAACACCAAAUUUUGAAUGCCAUUGUGUGGGACAUUUAGUAGCAUCACCUUGUGGUUAUGCAUUUAGAGAUCUUUUAACAUGUCAAAAUAAACAAAGUAAAACAGAGUUUGAGGAAGGUGCCUGUCAAAAUCAAUUUCUUAAGUUCAUGAAUUGUGUUAUGAAAACAGAAUGUUUUAAAAGUAAUAAUGAAUAA